CAACUCCUUUUUCGUCUUCUGUUUCCGAGUUUUUCAUUGGUCUGAAAAAUGGGAGACGAAGAUGAUCAUCAUGAUGAAAAUGAUCAUCGUGACACUACAAGAAAUUUGACAUUUACCAACGGCAAAAAUCCGUUGCUAAAGGUCCAAAAUUCGUUGGUAAAGGUCAAAAAAGCUAUACCAACGGCUGUCUGAUUCCGUCAUGUUUAAUUCCCUGUACCAACGGAAUUUUUUCCGUCCCUAUAUCAUAUCCCAACGGCAAAUUUCAAGUGUUGGAAAUGACAGAGGAGGUUUCUCACGUGUAGCUCAAGGUGGUCAGGGUUAUCCAGCACCAGGAGCAUACCCUCCACCUGGACAUGGUUACCCUCAACCUGGACAUGGUUACCCUCCACAUCAAGGUGGUUAUCCUCUGGCUGGUUACCCUCAAGCCGGUGGUUAUCCUCCAUCUGGUUACCCUCCAGCCGGAGGUUAUCCUCCAGCUGGAGGUUAUCCUCCAGCCGGAGGUUAUCCUCCUGCCGGUGGAUAUCCUCCAGCAGCUGGUUAUCCUCCUGCCGGUGGAUAUCCUCCAGCAGCUGGUUAUCCACCUGCUGGUUACCCUCCAGCCGGCGGUUACCCUACCGCCGGUGGUUAUCCUCCAUCUGCUGGUUAUCCUGGUUCACAUGCUCCACCACAUGCACCUCCUGCUGGUGGAUAUCCUCCAGCUGCUGUUUAUCCUGGUCCACAUGCUCCACCACAUACCCCAGGUUAUCCUGGUUCACACCCUCCAUCACAUGCCCCAGGGCCUUAUGGGCAAGCCGGGCAUAGUGGUUCUGGUAUGGGUGCAAUGGGUGGAGUGGGGGGGUUGAUUGCAGGUGCCGCCGCUGCUUAUGGUGCUCACCGUGUUUCCCAUGGCCAGUAUGGACAUGGAGGAUAUGGUCACAUGGGCCAUAUGGGAGGGAAAUUCAAGGGUGGUAAGUUUGGAAAGGGUGGUAGUAUAUUCAGAAAGUGGAAGUAAUCCUAUCCAUGUAUGUAUAUACAAUCACCUCUAUAUAUUUAUAUUUAUUUAUUUGUAAAGGGUGGGAAAUUCAAAUUUUAUAUUAUAAAGCAAUUUAAA